GUUUAAAUGAGGGUGUGUCCCUCUCCCACGGCUCCGCCAGUGUGUCCCUCCGCUCACUGUGUCCUCCUUCACCGUCUGCUUCAGUCGUUCUCGACCCGCUGACUGCAGGCCCGGUGAUGUUGGACAGCCGGUGACAGCUCAGCCUCUGCAGGAGUCUCAGUUUUUCCGGCUCGGUUCCCUUCUUUAAACACUGCACAGACCAGGAGUCCACCUGGGGUUCUGAGUUCGCUCCAGCAUGGGGGACGUGAUCUCCAGUCACCUGGAUGAGGGCAGGCGCGAGCUGAUCUCAGCUCAGACCAGGGAGGUGAUGGGGGAGUUUGGCCGUCUGUAUGAGCAGCAGUAUGCCGUGGCUCUCUUCAACAAAGUUCGCUUUGACAUAGAAGGAGGAGCUGGCCCACAACCUCAGCUGCUACACCGCAAGAUUCCUUUGGAAAACAAAUCAAUUUUCUCUGGCUCGCUCUUUCACUAUCUGGAGGAGAACAAGAAAUGGAGGAACCACUUCGUCUUUGUUCCAGACUCCUACAACCUCAACUAUUACGACAGCAAAGCAGCCCACGACAGACACCUCCACCCCAAAGGAACCAUCAACUGUGCCGGCUACAAAGUGCUGACCUCCAUGGAGCAGUACCUGGAUCUGUUCAGCAGCAGCAGCCUGCCUGGUAUGGAAGCCAAGGUGGGAAGCUCCCCCUUCCUGAAGUUUGCCACCCAGUUCCCUCUGAUCCUCUGGCACCCGUACGCCCGGAGCCAGUCCUUCUGUGUGGUGACGGAGGCGGAGCAGAGGAAGUGGCAAGCCGUGCUCCAGGACUGCGUCAGACACACUAAUGAUGGUUUGAAGGAGGACAAUAAAGUACAAACUCCAGCCUUCACUGAUGCAGUACGACUCUAUCGCCAAGCUCAAGGGCACUAUGGCACUUGGGAGAUGAUGUGUGGUGUACCAUCACAGAUCCUGGCUAACCUGGUGAUGGAGGGCCUCCUCCCGGAGUUGAGGGAGCUCAUCUCCCCCCGCCUCAAAGGCAAGCUACACGAGAGGCAGAGAAACUGGAUGCUGAUCAGUGAUGCAGUGUACAGCCUGGUGCAGGGGCAGUGCCAGGCCCAGUAUCAGGCGGUGGUGCAGAAGUGUGAGGCAGCCUGCUCCUCUCUGGAGGCGUCCAUACGGUGCGACAUGGACCAGAUCAUCUCCUCCAAGGAGCACGUCAGCAACAAGAUCAGAGAGGUGGUCCUCCCAAAGGCUGAGAAGCUGCUGAAGGUGAGCAUCCAGCCAUACAUCAGCUCCAUCCUGGACGCCCUGAUGGAGCCCACCAGCCGAGGUUUCUCUGAGGUCCGCGAUGUGUUCUUCAGAGAGCUGGUGGACAUGAGCAAGAACUCUCUGAACAACGGCACCAAGGAGGCCGUGGCACAGCACAUGGAGAAGAUCUCCAUGCUAGCCUUCCACCCGGUGAAGAUGCAGAGCUGCUAUGAGAAGGUGGAGCCGCUUAGUCUGGAGGGUCUGCAGCAGAGGUUUGACGUGUCCAGCCCCUCAGUGUUUGUCCAGAGGGCCCAGAUCCUCAUGAGAGAGCAAAUGGACCAUGCAGUGUAUACAUUUGAGCAGAUUCUCCACCAGAGUCUGGAGUCUCAGGGUACAGAGGAGCUCUGUAAGGCCAUCCAGCGCUGCCAGGACAGAGUCAUUAAGAAAUUUGACUAUGACAGCAGCACAGUGAGGAAGCGAUUCUUCCGCGAGGCUCUGCUGCAGAUCUUCAUCCCCUAUAUGCUGAAGCAGCUCAGCCCGGCCUGCGGCUCGGAGCUGCCACGUUUCCGAGAGCUGAUCUUCGAGGACUUCUCUCGUUUCAUUCUGGUGGAGAACAUCUUUGAAGAGGUGGUGCUGCAUUCGGUCAUGAAGAACAUCAUGAUGGCUGUGAAGGAGGUGGCGGUCCAGAGGAGACACAAUCUCUACAGGGACAGCAUCGUCCUCGGCAACAGCGACCCCAGCCUGCACCUGCUCGGAGAAAACCCCUCCAUCGACUGGGCCGAAGAGUACGGAGGAGCUCAGGAAGAGGCGGAGCCAGCAGGCCAGGCCAUUGAGGAGGAGGAGGGGGGGGAGUCUCAGAGGAGGAGGAGGAUGAAGCAGGUGGUCUCCAUGAUCCAGGUGGAGGGCUCCCCAGUGCUGCCCAACGAGUCCUGCAUGGAGGUGCCCAGUGUCGACGACAUCCCGAAGGAGAAGGAUAGAGUUUUCGAGGAGAACUCCGAUGAGCACGACCAGGAUAGAUCUGCAAGUCCCAGCGCUUCAGAGAACGUGAAAUCUGUGGAUGAAGAGAAAGCUAAACCAGAGGAGCAGGGCAGAGAAGAAGUCCCACUGAAGCUCCAAUCAGCUGGAGAGGAGAACAGCCGACCCAUGGGGGAGCCACAACUGCCAUGCAACCAGGAGGAGGCGCCAGGGCAGGCAUCAAAGGAGGCAUCAACGGAGGCAUCAAAGGAGGCGCAAGAGGAGGCGCCAGGGGAGGCCUCGCCAGAGGAGGCGUCAGGGGAGGCCUCGCCAGAGGAGGCGUCAGGGGAGGCCUCGCCAGAGGAGGCGUCAGGGGAGGCGUCAGAGGAGGCGUCAGGGGAGAUGCCAGAGGAGGCAUCAAAGGAGGCGUCAGAGGAUGCGUCAGGGGAGGCAUCAGAGGAGGCAUCAAAGGAGGCGUCGGAGGAGGCGUUACCCCCGCCCCCACCACCUGAGGAAAGCCUACCUGGAGCUAUGGACACAGACCCAGAGGGCCCCCCGGAGCCAGCAGACCUCCCCCAGCCUCCACACCACGACAGUGGCUUCCAGUCUCCCACCAGUGAGGAGGCAGAGGGACAGGAGUAGGAGGAACCACCUGGGGGGCGAUGAGUGUUGCCGCAGAAACAGAGACCAGUGAUGAAUGAGCUCCAUUUGAACUGGAUACUGCUAUGUUCGGUUUUUAGUUUUUAUUUGACAAAUAUUAAAUGAUACUUCUUUUGGUUUUAACUCCAGGCACAGUAAUCACAGAUCGGCACAUCCUUUUCACCAAGCAGGGCUCAGUUGUUAUCGUCAUAUUAUUAAACACACUUUUUCAGAACUUUUUUUUCACAACUGUCCAGCUGACAGAAAAUCCUCAGCAGAUUCUGAGCUUUCGGUCAACAUAAAUUCCUCACUUUACUUUCUCUUUACCUGGUAUGAUGGUGUGUUGUGUUGAGUGACAGGCUGCAGGGACACCCCAGUUUAGGUGCCUUCGGUGAAAUAUGUUAAUUGAUAUAGUUCUUGAGUUAAUAAAAAAAAAAAAAUCCUUUUCUCGAAUGUGGAA